AUGGACGCAACCGCAACCGCCGCCACCACCACUGCCCUUGAUAUGGCCGGGUUCGAGGAACUCGACAGAACAGUUGCCGAACAGCUACAACGAGAAGAAGACCUGGAACGAGAAGCUCUUGACGACGCCAUGGCUCAAGCCUUUCAGCACCGGGGAGAUGAAGACAAACAAAGCAAGGCAAUGGACUGGCAAGGAGAGGGCGAAUUGGCCUUCCUGCAACAGCUCCAGUGGGAAGAGGAGCUAGAAUCUCUCGACACUUUUUUCCUCGACGAAGAAGAAGAAGAUCAAAAGAAAGCCAGCAUUGAACAGGAAGAGUGUGACAGGGCCGUUGCGAGACAGCUCCAAAGAGAUGAACAGGAAGAAGAUUGCGACAUGGCUGUUGCAAGACAGCUCCAAAGAGAUGAACAGGAAGAGCAAAUGAUUCUGGAUAUGGUCGUUGCUCAGGAGUUUCAACGAGCCGAAGAAGAACAGGGCAACAAGAAUCACUCACUAAACCAUCCUUCCAAACAAGAAGUAUUUGACUUGCUGGUACCCAGUCAAAAGAAUGCCAUUGACUAUGUCAAAAGGAAGGCCAAGGAUAUGCACAACAAAUCCCUGCCUAAACUACAAUCUCGCUUCAUCAACUUGGGUUUCACACCAGAGGAUCUACAGCAGUGUCUGGACUACAUCCAAGAUGAUGCCACCAUCGUAAUUCACCUGAGGGAAUCCACUCUGUCUCUUUUGGUAAAGGACACUCACUACCGAAACCUCUUUGAGACCAACACUUCUGGAGGGACCAGGGACAAGAGCGCUAGAGGAGGAUGGGAGAGUCACAUGUUUGGGGGGUGCUACAACUCAUCAGCAUGCUUUGACAGACCUAAGUACGGCUGUCUCAAUGUCUCUGGUGAUGUCCGAGGUGUCCGAAGUGCUCGCUCGUAUGGCAACAUUUUCAUGAUUCUUCAACCAAAUGUUCGGUACCGCUCUACCUUCUUCAGCAAGGACACUGGAGCCUUUGUGACCAGUGCGACUCUUGCAACUCAUGAGUUUUAUGCUCAUGUUCUGGAUGGAUACAGUAAUGAUGAUCUGUCUUCUAUGAUCAAUGUGUGCAAGUCGGCACGAGCCGGUGGCAUUGAAUCCAAUUGCAGGUCUUACAAGGAGGUACAAAUCCAUGGGCCUGUUUGUCUAGCCACAGACAUUCAGGCAUUGUCUGUGCCGGGUCGGUACCAGACCGCCAGUGAGGUCCUCAAGAAGGAUGUGUUGGAGUUUCAGAAAAAAGCAAACUGCAAUAUUCUCUGGCAGGAUGAUCUGCUGAAUCCUGAAGCAGACUGA